AUGUCCAAGGGGGUACAGCAGCCUGGAAAGGCCUGGAGUCUUGGGCCCCAGUUCUGGCGCUGUGUAUACCCCACCAUGGCCCAGGCCCAGCUCCUGGUCCCCCGUCUCUCCCAGCGCUCUGGGCACCCCUGCUGCUGUUACCGCUUAGGAAGAGAAGACUUCCUCCUCUUUAGGCCAGCCUCUGUUCUCCUAGGGGCUUGCCCCUCGGGAGCCCUGCUGGACUGCCCUGUGCGGAUUCCCCGCUCGGAAAGUCCCGCGAAGCCCCCGCCCCCGGCCCGCGGGCGGCGCGAACAAGCGGCCCUUUCUGCGCGCGGCGGCCCCGGCAGCUGGCCAGUAGCCCGCGGGGGCGCGGACAAUCCCGGGGCUUCAGGCGGGGGCGCCGAUGCUGCCAAGGCUGACCAGGGGCGGGAAAAGGCGGCGGCAAGCGGCGGGCGGCGAGGCACCAUGAGCCGGAAGCUUCACUCUCGGGGCCCAUGCCGAGAUCAUGAGCUGAUCCCUAAGGAGACCCCAGCCCUGCCUCCCCAGCUGGCAGAGGUGGACAAGUCCUUCUCCCCUCGCCGGAGCGUGUGGCAUGGGGGGGGUGUAACGGGACGUGUUACCUUCUCUUUGCAGGGAAGCAGGAUGGAUGAACAACGAUGCUCCUUCCCACCACCCCUCAAAACAGAGGAGGACUACAUUCCCUAUCCGAGCGUCCAUGAGGUCCUGGGGCGAGAAGGACCUUUCCCCCUCAUCCUGCUGCCCCAGUUCGGGGGCUACUGGAUUGAAGGCACCAACCACGAAAUCACCAGCAUCCCAGAGACAGAGCCGCUGCAGUCACCCACGACCAAGGUGAAGCUCGAGUGCAACCCCACAGCCCGCAUCUACCGGAAGCACUUUCUUGGCAAGGAGCAUUUCAAUUACUACUCACUGGACACUGCCCUGGGCCACCUUGUUUUCUCACUCAAGUACGAGGUCAUCGGGGACCAGGAGCACCUGCGGUUGCUGCUCAGGACCAAGUGCCGGACACACCAUGAUGUCAUCCCCAUCUCCUGCCUCACUGAGUUCCCCAAUGUGGUCCAGAUGGCAAAGCUGGUGUGUGAAGAUGUGAAUGUGGAUCGAUUCUACCCUGUGCUCUACCCCAAGGCUUCCCGCCUCAUCGUCACCUUUGAUGAGCAUGUUAUCAGCAAUAACUUCAAGUUUGGAGUCAUUUAUCAGAAGCUGGGGCAGACCUCCGAGGAAGAGCUCUUCAGCACCAAUGAGGAGAGCCCUGCCUUCGUGGAGUUUCUUGAAUUUCUCGGCCAGAAGGUCAAACUGCAGGACUUUAAAGGGUUCCGAGGAGGCCUGGACGUGACCCACGGGCAGACGGGGACCGAGUCUGUGUACUGCAACUUCCGCAACAAGGAGAUCAUGUUUCACGUGUCCACCAAGCUGCCCUACACAGAAGGGGACGCCCAGCAGUUGCAGCGGAAGCGGCACAUCGGGAACGACAUUGUCGCUGUAGUCUUCCAGGAUGAGAACACACCCUUUGUGCCUGACAUGAUCGCAUCCAACUUCCUGCAUGCCUAUGUGGUGGUGCAGGCCGAGGGCGGGGGGCCCGAUGGCCCGCUCUACAAGGUCUCUGUCACCGCUAGAGACGACGUGCCCUUCUUUGGGCCCCCCCUCCCGGACCCUGCUGUGUUCAGGAAGGGGCCUGAGUUCCAGGAGUUUUUGCUGACAAAGCUGAUCAAUGCUGAAUAUGCCUGCUACAAGGCAGAGAAGUUUGCCAAACUGGAGGAGCGGACACGGGCUGCCCUCCUGGAGACGCUCUAUGAGGAACUGCACAUCCACAGCCAGUCCAUGAUGGGCCUGGGCGGUGACGAGGACAAGAUGGAGAAUGGCGGCGGGGGCGGCGGAUUCUUCGAGUCUUUUAAGCGGGUCAUCCGGAGCCGCAGCCAGUCCAUGGAUGCCAUGGGACUAAGCAACAAGAAACCCAACACCGUGUCCACCAGCCACAGCGGGAGCUUUGCCCCCAACAACCCUGACCUGGCCAAGGCAGCUGGAAUAUCAUUGCUUAUUCCUGGGAAAAGCGCGAGUAGAUUCGGACGCCGGGGCAGUGCCAUAGGCAUAGGAACGGUGGAAGAGGUUGUCGUCCGCGGGGCCGCCGGCUCUGGAGGCUGCCUGCACGUGCUGUUCUCUGCUCGCUCUCAGGACGGAGGCCAUAUUGGGGACGUUGCCCCCCCCCUUCCCCUGGGCCGGGCCCGGGGGUGUGCAGGAUGGGGUGCCGGCAGCUCUGAUGGCACUCAGCACCUGCUUUGGGGCCUGUCACUGAUCGUCCCUGGGAAGAGCCCCACGAGGAAGAAGUCGGGCCCGUUUGGCUCUCGCCGCAGCAGCGCCAUCGGGAUCGAGAAUAUACAGGAAGUGCAGGAGAAAAGGGAGAGUCCCCCCGCCGGCCAGAAGACCCCAGACAGCGGGCACGUCUCACAAGAGCCCAAGUCGGAGAACUCAUCCACUCAGAGCUCCCCAGAGAUGCCCACGACCAAGAACAGAGCGGAGACGGCAGCCCAGAGAGCCGAAGUGCUGAAGGACUUCUCCCGCUCCUCGUCCAGUGCCAGCAGCUUCGCCAGCGUGGUGGAGGAGACCGAGGGUGUGGACGCGGAUGACACAGGCCUGGAGAGCGUCUCGUCCUCAGGGACGCCCCACAAGCGGGACUCCUUCAUCUAUAGCACGUGGCUGGAGGAUAGUGUCAGCACCACGAGUGGGGGCAGCUCCCCAGGACCCUCCCGGUCACCCCAUCCCGACGCCAGCAAGUCGGGGGACCCUGCGUGUCCCGAGAUCAAGAUCCAGCUGGAGGCAUCUGAGCAGCACACGCCCCAGCUGGUGAGGCCGCAGAAGCACAAGGUGAAGACGCAGUGUCAACUCCAGGUGGAUAGGACCUCUGCCCCCACAGCCAGCACCAGCCUGUGGGCUGUCCCCUGCCCCCGCCUUGGCCACCUGUCUGGACUGUCUCUGCGGGGCGGAGCCAUCCGGACCCAGGAGGGGGAAGCUGCUGGCAUCAUCCCCACCCCCCAGGCUGGGACAGGCAGUGUGAAGUCCAAGAAUUUCCUCAAUGUGGCCACCAGGGGGCGCCAAGGGAUCGCUUACCAGGACUGA